AUGUUAUGCCGUAGCAAAGGAGUGGUGGAAAUUUCUGUCAAGAUUCUACAGGUCUGUUCUCAAUACGGCCAAGAUGUCACAAAUGCCAAAGCCGAUAUAGCGGAGCUACAACAAGAGGUUGAGACACUAUACGAUACAGAAAAGAAGGUGAAGACACUCAUCGAAGGCCCUCAAGGCGCCAAGCUCAAGGCAUCUCAAGACUUUGCACUAAAGAUUACGGAAACCCUCAGUGUCUUAUCUAAGGUAGACGCGAAACUGCACCCGCCCGCCAAGUCCAGCGUGAGACAACGCUUGGGAUUCAAGUCACUGAAAUGGCCCUUUGAGAGUGACCAGGUUCAUCGCGUUGUUCAGCGUAUACGCAGAUGCUCGGAAUCACUUUCGCUUGCCCUGCAAAUCGAUGAGAUCUUGCCCAAUGGUGUCACUAAAAUACCUAAAGUCGACGAUAGCUUGGAUAUAGCUGCACUCCCAUUAGCCGUCGGAGCCACCUACAGUUCAUUUGCUGAACAAGACAACAGCAUCCGUAUCCAGAGCACUCGCUCUGAAAUCUUGCAGGAAAUAAAUUACUGGCUGGACGGUGACAACUCGGAGACCGUUUUCUGGCUACAAGGCAUGGCUGGCACUGGUAAGUCAACUGUCGCUCGUACCGUAGCUACGCGUUGGGACAAGCGUAAUCACCUUGGAGCAAGCUUAUUCUUCAAACGAGGUGAUGGCGACUGA